AUGGAUGAUACAACUUUUCAAAUCAAUAUGGAGGAAUUCAAGCUUUUUCAUAAUAUUGAUCGAACACUUUAUUAUAUCCUUGUCAUUGACCUUAAGCGUGAUCCUUUUGAAUCAAUGCAUACUUUGGCAUUAUGGAUUUGGUUGGAGCGAAUUUGUCGUUUUACCAAUAUUAUCAUAAAGAUCUUGUCUUUACCUCAUCUUCUUAUUAAUCAACUUGCUGAUGAGGUUGCAAUCUGUCUCAGAUGCAUUGAGAACAGUCAAUUUAUGUCCUCAAUUUAUGCAAGUGAGAUUCCACUAACUCAAAACCUCAUUUCGAAAGAGUUCUCUAUUCUAUUUUUUCAUCAAAAUCGGAACAGAGCAUUCAAUGGGAUAAAGAAAAUUGUAAUUGAAGUUUGUUACAUAGCAUUAUCAGAUAUUAUGGAGGAAGCCCUACAAAUAAAUUUUGAACAAACCUUGAUGGAAAGAAACAUGACAAUGGUUCCACCUCUUUGUGAGUCAUCUUUAAUCAGAAGAAUUUCUCAGCUGGGACUUGGUGGUGAUAUGUCUCCCUGGAGGAUGAAGGAACAUAAUGUACCUUACGAAGAACGGACCAUGUUUGUUACUUUUUCCAAAGGUUAUCCUGUUGCAGAAUGGGAAAUUAGGGAAUUUUUUACAAUGAUUUUUGGAGAUUGCAUUGAGUAUAUUCUAAUGCAGAAGGUGAAGUCCCAUGAACAGGCUCUUUAUGCCCGAAUUGUGUUUGCUAUGCCUGGAAUUGUAGAAUUUAUUCUCAAAGAUGAGUCCAAAGCUAAAUUUAGUAUCAAAGGGAAGCAUGUAUGGAUGCGAAAAUUUAUUCCAAAAACUAGAAACUCUUCCUUACCAUAG